AUGGUCAGUCCGGGAGAUGGAGCCUUAGGACGCUAUGAAUUUGUGGCAGCCUGUGAGGCUCUGUUGGCGGACGCUCCCGGAUGCGGCAACGCAGCUGACCUGCACGAGCUCUUCGAUAUCUUGGAUCCGUGUCUGGGUGAGGUUUGGCGGCAGCGGUUGGAAUAUGGCACGGAACGGGCUGCAGUUUUCCUGGAACGGGUGAGUCUACAGGAGUUCUCUCGGCUCUUGAAGUCAUAUCGCAAGGUUCCGAAAGCGGUCGAUGGGCACACGGCAGCAGUCAGACUGAUGGAAGAACGACGAGGGAUUCCCCAGACCGAGCCAGGGCCAGGUUUGGUGUUGAGCCCUUUGGCUGGGCUGCGUGCCUGGAUGCUGCAGCACGCCUGGAUCUUCCAGGACUUGGAGGCUGGACCCGAAUCGCCAACUGUGCUGAUUCGGAAAUCCAUGGGAUUGCUUUCCGAACUUUGGCACUGUCGCCUACGCUUCGCGUUCAAGGUGGCCUCUGUUGGCAGUGUCUCAUGCCGCGCCAGUCUGACCAUUGACCAAAUGCGGAAGGAGAUUCGGAGGAGCAACGGACCCGUGGUGGAGGGCGCGGUCGGCUUGGCCUAUCGGCGCUGGCGUGGCCGUGCCGGGAAGACGGGGUUCCUUCUGGCCACGGCCGCCGGGGUGGGAGGCUUCAUGGCGGCCUCGCAGCGCUGGGAGUUGAAACAGAUCUCCUCGGAAGAAAUCCUCAAGGCAUUCUUCCCGGGUCCGGCAGCAGAUCUGUUCUCCCGUCUUCCAGCGGCCAUCGAAACGCUGCAGGGCCGCCUGGGAUCUGAUGAGCUGUACAUCGAGGAAAAAGUCGAAGGAUUUGCCAUGUUGCGACGGCUUAUUGACCUGUCCUGUUCGCAACGAAAGCCGUACAGUGAAGCAAGGGCUCUGCUGGAUCAGCAGAGUAACGUUUCCAUGAAAGUGCCGCCUGAAGAGUUGACGGAGGGUCUUCAGCUGUUGCCCUAUGCAGAAGCGACCUACGAGGAGCAUCUACCCAGUUUAGCAAGCAACAGCACAGACAUCGCGAAUGCGACGGAAGAGUCCGAAUCAGCUGUUCCACAUUUCUUCCUGCUUCAAACCCUUGAUGGUAAUCCAGCAUGCCUUUUGGUGGUGCAAGGGUUGCUGAUGGCGAUCUGUUUCUAUUUGCUGUUGAAAGCUGUCAUUGACUAUGUGGCGCAAUCGGCAUCGACACGCAUCGAAAACCCCUUUGAGAGCAUCGCAAAAGAUAGCCCAGUCGCUUCUCAGAAAUGGAUUGACUAUUUUGGCUUCGGCGGUGGCAAAGAACUGGGGAGUCUGGAAGAUGCUUUCAGAGGCAGCGGGGGAGGUCUGACUUCCUGCCAGUGGAAGUAUGUCAGGGGCGUGAUGCUGAAAUCCCACCGCCUGCGCCAGACAGGCAUCAAGGAGCAGCGGAAGAGUGCUGAUUGGAAGAUGGUGGAGUUGGUAUCCGUCUCCGUCACGCCUAUCUUCAUCAGCAUCAUGGGGAAUUUUGGGGAAGCCUUCAGGCAACCGAUCCAACUGCUGGCCAUAGCCCUUUCCUUGGUGAGCACGAUUUGCCAGCUCGCUCCCCUUGGACGUGGGGAAGUAAUGCUGACAUACUCUGCAAAAUUGGAGACGCUUUGUUGGACAUACUGGUCUGUAACGGGGCGAUUUGAAGAGGAGCGAAAGAAAAACAUGCAGACGGAAUUGGAAACGGAAGCUGCCAAGUCCGCAAAAGCACAGGGCUACUGGUCAAUGUUCCACCAACGAUUGAGGGAGGAUCGGUCAAACCUACUGAAACGCGUGAAAGAGCAACAAGAAGUUGAGGCUGAUGAUGCCAAUGGUGAUGGGCAUCCAAGCAGGAGGCAGGCCUUUAGCCGUGAACCUGACAAGGAAGAGGUUGAUGCCUAUUUGUCAAGUCCUUUGACCUCCUUGGAGUGUGCGCGUGCCAUGCUCUUUCCAAAAUUUGUGGAGCUUUGUGCAGAGGAGAUGGAGGACUGGGUUGGAAAGCGUCCUGUGUAG